CUCGCGAGUAAUCGUAGCCAUAUUUUGGAAGAUUUUCGGAAUAACCGGACUCCUCCACUACAAAUUUCGGAUAUCCUAACACAUGUUGUGGAGUUUGCAAAAGAUCAACAUGGAUCAAGAUUCAUACAACAGAAGCUAGAACGUGCGUCAGUUAAGGAAAAGCAGUUGCUAUUCGAAGAAGUGCUUGCGAACGCGCAUGCUCUAAUGAUUGAUGUGUUUGGAAACUACGUCAUACAGAAGUUUUUCGAGUUCGGUACGCCUGAGCAAAAAGCAGCACUGGGUCGAACGCUUAGAGGAAACGUCAUGAAUUUGGCGUUACAAAUGUAUGGAUGCCGUGUGAUUCAAAAAGCAAUGGAGUCAAUUGAUGAGUCUUUACAGCUGGAAAUUCUCCGAGAGAUGGAAGGCCAUGUUCUGAAAUGUGUGAAAGAUCAAAACGGAAAUCAUGUGGUGCAGAAGGUGAUCGAAAAAGUUAAGCCAGAACGUCUUCAGUUUAUCAUCAACACGUUCACUAAAAAUGGUCCGGAUACGAUCACUCAACUGUCCAUGCAUCCAUAUGGUUGCAGAGUAAUACAGAGAGUGUUGGAGCAUUGCUCUGAAGAGCAGAAGCGGCCGGUAUUGGAAGCACUUCAUGCGAAUAUGAGCACUUUGAUAGUCGAUCAAUAUGGGAAUUACGUUGUGCAACAUGUAAUUGAACAUGGAAGUAAUCAAGAUCGUGAUCGGAUUGUUCAAGAGGUGGCCGGAAAUGUGUUGCGUUACGCUCAACACAAAUUUGCCUCGAAUGUUAUUGAGAAGUGCUUGAUUUGCGCGGGAGGACAUCAUAAGACUCUGUUGAUUGAUGAAGUUUGUGGGACCCCGAAUGAUCCUCAGCCACCGAUUUUGCUGAUGAUGAAAGAUCAGUUUGCGAAUUACGUUGUGCAGAAAAUGUUAGACAUAGCGGAUCCUGUCUAUCGAAAAAAGAUGAUGUACGCGAUCAAACCACAUAUACCGGUUCUGAGGAAAUACAGUUAUGGGAAGCACAUAAUUAGUACGUUCGUGCUUUUUUAA